CCCAUUCUAUCCCACUAUAAUUGAAAGAGAGCUGGAGGACAGAAAAGAGAAAACAAAGCUAUCUGAUUAUAGAAAACAAGGAUUAGACGGAGUAGGUUGUGAUUUCGUCAGCAGCUUUCAGGUCAGAAACUAAGCAAGACGCAAAAUAGGACAUCGCCGUUCGCAAUAACCGCAUGCAUAAAUUUUUGAGCAAAUCCCAACAUCACCGUCGCUGCUCUAGUCUACCUGUCAGGUCACUUCUGCUGUACAUAUUACGUUGUUGCGACAGACAGAGCACCUUUCAGCUCAGCUGAUCAUUUUUUUUCUCUCCAUUUGGUCAAGAUGGCGGAACUGUUCUGUUCAGUGGUCAUAUCACAGGUGGGAUGAGGCCUGGAAAGAAGAUCAUUGUGAUGGGGAUAGUGAAUCCUGAGCCUGACAGCUUUGACAUCAGUCUGGCCUGUGGGUGUGGCACAGUGGAUGAGGCUCCUCCCACUGACGUGGCAUUGGAGCUCUGUGCCAAGUUCGAGGACCUCCAGUUCCUACGUACGGCCUGUGUUUCGGGCACCUGGGGUGACGCUGAGAAGCUCAUCCCCUACUUCCCUUUCAUCGAGGACCAACCUUUCCGGAUCGAGAUCCAUUGUGAACUACUGCGUUUCCGUGUAUUUGUGGAUGGACACCAGCUCUUUGAUUUCUACCACCGGGUGCAAUCCUUACUGGACAUUGACACAUUAAGGAUUAAUGGUAGUUUAACCAUUACCAAACUCAGAUAGAGGGAAGAAGGACUGUGUAGGAUGCACCUUACAGAAGUGGUGAUGGAACCUUGCCUCCCACAAUCCUCACCCUUAGCAACAAUGUGGACAUCAACUUGAAAGCAAUGUCUUAGCCUCUUUGAGCCUCAGCUGACAAAAUCGAUUGCAAAGCAAUGUUCUGUCCCUGGAUUUUCUAUAGGAUGUAGCCUACCUAUUUCUGUUAGUCGUGAUUUAUUUUUUGUUUCGUGGUAUUGAGUGCUGUUGGUUUGAGAUGGUCAUGAAAUAAAAAAGCUUCCAGGGUAAAAAGAAAACUUUAAAAGAUCAGAGAUCUUGAGCAACACAUUUUUUGGUGUUAAUGAAAGCUCUCAGGAGGAAUUACAUACUGCUCUGAACAUGAGGAUGAAAAUGACAUUUAAAUAAAGGACAUAGUGUGUCCUUUAUUUUUUAACAUUUUGAUUAUAUUGAUGAACUAAUAUUGAUUAACUUGUAACUACAAUAUACUACAUAUUUCAGUAUGAUAUAAUAUUUAAGUGUAAUUGGAAAUGAAUAAUUGAGUGGUUAUGAAGUAAUUAAUAAUUCUGUGGGGUAUUAUGCUUACACUGUGACCUUUCAGUUCUUCAAUAAUUAAAUUACGUUUCUUUUGUAUCAUGGCAUAUUACAAUAAUUUCAUGAACUAUGCCAGUAGAUUAUAUUGUAGGGGCACAGGUUAUUAUUAAAGAGUAGAAUGGUGAUUUUCUAUUCCCUCACCUUGAUGCUUGACAAUGUCUGUGUAUGUUGAGAAGCUCUUUCAGUGGCCUAUUCAUUUUCAAUUAAAAUAUUUGAAUGUGUCAUAAAUUAAUCUGUUAAUUUUGGAAAUGUGGAUUGUGGAUUGUUUCAAAUUGAAAUGACUGAGGACUAUUAUAGGCCUAAAGAAAGGAAUGCAGUACAGUAUCUUUUUGUUGCUCAGUUGACCAGAUGCUUGAAUGGGAGACCUAAAAGAAGCCCCCAAUUUAGUUGAGUCAUUUUCUAUUAAGGUAUCUUUACCUUAACUCAAGUGUGACAAUUGGGUACUACUCAGUAUUACUACUGCCAGUGCAGAUGGAUUUUGGAUGCAGAUUAUUCUCCACUCGU